UAGACUGUUAGCAGGUUUUAUGAGAGAUACUGAUAAUAUAGAGUUACCAAUUGUAUAUAAUUAUCCCAAUUUAGAAGCUAUUCUUUUUUCUGAUCUUUUUACUGAUAGGCAUGGUCAUUAG